AUGGCCGCUUCCAUGAUGAUCUCGCUCGCCCGCCUGGGCCUCCAGCUGCCCGAGUUUCUCGGCCAGGGCAACGUCUCGUCGGCGACGUCAUCGUCAUCGGUGCUUGGCGCCGGCGGCGGCGGCGGCAACGGCUCCGGCGUCGGUGGGGCCGCCGACUCCGGGCCCGGCGCCGCACCGGGUGGUGGUGGCAACGGCGGUCCCUUCCCGGCGGGCGUCAUGGACAGCUUCCUCGCGACGGCGGGCUACUCGUCGGCGUCGCCGCUGAUGCAGCUCUUCCUCUUCGUGUACCGGCAGCUCGGGACGCAGCUCGGGCUGGACCCGUCGCUGGUGCUCACCAUGCUGGGGUUCCUCUGGGGCGCCAGCAAGCUGUGGGCGCAGGUCUGGGGCUACGUGUGGGAGCUGCUGGACCGGCACUUCAUGUGCGCCAUGUACGUGGGCGAGUACGACCACAUCUACUCGCAGCUCAUGAAGUGGCUGUCGCUGCAGCAGAGCAUCAAGAGCAGCCGCUACCUCAUGGCGCAGACCGUCUGGAAGAGCGCCUGGGACGAGGAGGAGGAGCUCGAGAACUCGCUCUUCUGGACCGACGGCGACGACGGCGACGGCGAGUGCAAGUACCUCAACUUCUCCAACCAGGCCGCCCGCUCGGGCCCUCGCUACGUCCCCGCCAUGGGCAUCACCGGCUUCUGGCACAAGGGCACCUACUUCCGCGUCACCCGCCGCAAGGAGUCCCUCAUGAGCACCAGCGGCUGGGGCGCCAUGAAGGACCUCGAGGAGAUUAAGAUUUCCUGCUUCGGCCGCUCCAUCGAGCCCAUCAAGCGCCUGCUCGCCGACGCCAAGACGGCCUACUACUUUGACACCUACCGCAAGACGACCAUCUACCGCCCGCGGCCCAAGGAGAUGCGCCGCGAGAACGGCAUGUGGCACCAGGUCGCGCGACGGCCCAUCCGCCCCAUGCGCACCGUCGUCCUCGACGGCCAGGAGAAGCACAACGUCCUCGCCGACGUCAACGAGUACCUGCACCCGGCGACGCCGCGCUGGUACGCCUCGCGCGGCAUCCCGCUGCGCCGCGGGUACCUAUUCCACGGGCCGCCGGGCACGGGCAAGACGAGCUUCUCGUUUGCGCUGGCGGGCGUCUUUGGGAUUGACAUUUACGUCAUUAGCCUGCAGGACGUCAACGUCACCGAGGAGGACCUGGCGGUGCUCUUCACCAAGCUCCCCAGGAGGUGCAUAGUCUUGCUCGAGGAUAUCGACACGGCGGGCCUGCGACGCGACGACGACCAGGAGGACUCCGAUGCCGAGACCAAGGAAAAGGACAAGGAGGGCGAGGGCGAAAAGGCAGCGACGGAGACCAAGGCGUUGACCAACGGCGUCAACGGCGACCACAAGGUCAAGGAAACCAGCAAGAAGAACGGAAAGAAGGAAAAGACGAAGAAAAAGGCCACCAAGAAGAAGGUGGUGGACUCUGACAGCAGCGACGCUUCCGACAGCGACGACAGCUCCGACGUGAGCGAGAGCGAGAGCGAGAGUGAUAAACAGGCCAGGAAGAGACGCAGCAAGAAGCGGAGCAAAAGGCGCGGCGGGCGCAAGGUGUCGUCGUCGGGGCGCAAGGUGGUGGCGCUCGAGAGCAUCUCGCUGUCGGGGCUGCUCAACGCCAUCGACGGGGUUGCGUCGCACGAGGGCCGCGUGCUUAUCAUGACGACCAACAAGCCUGAGUCGCUCGACGAGGCGCUCAUCCGGCCAGGGCGCGUCGACGUGCAGGUGGCAUUCAUGAAUGCGUCGAGCGAGCAGGCGGCGGAGCUGUUUUACCGCAUGUACGAGGCGUCGCGGCCGCGGCAAAGGGGGCUGCCGGGGAGUUGGUCGGCGUCGCAGGAGGAGCAGAAGAAGGAGAAGGAGAAGAACAGGAGCCACGAGCAGCAACAGCAUCAGAAGCGGCAUCAAGAUGAGCAGAAGACGGAGAAGGCGGAGGUCAACCAGAGCAUCGAGCAGCCAGGGGCGGCAGAGGCGACGACAGUGACCACGACGUCAACCCCCGCGGAGCAGCGGCCGGCGGUCGAGGCGAUGCUCCUGCAGCCGCACGAGGAGCUCGACGUGUCCGAGGAGGAGCUCAAGGCCAUCGCCAAGGAGUUUGGGCGGCGCAUCCCGGCGGGCACCUUUUCGCCGGCCGAGAUCCAGGGGUUCCUGCUCAAGCGCAAGAAGAGCCCGCGCAAGGCGCUCGAGGACGUCGAGGGGUGGGUGGAGGCGGCGGUGAAGCAAAAGGAGGCCAACUCCAAGGUGUCGACGGUGCAGUGA